AUGGACGACGGCCCGAUCCGCACCGUCAUCAAGACGUUUUCCUUUAAACCGCCGCUCAUAAAGAUUAAUAGCAUCCCUGUCGAAAACAAGGACGAUGAUGAAACGACGAUUGGUGAGAGUACACGUCUUGCUCUCGUCCCGCCGUCCUCGUCCAAGGCCAGUUCUGUCACAUUCGUGGAAGAGAAUCCCCAUGAUGCAUACGCCAAUCCCGACCCGAUAGUUCACACGCACGGCUGGAAGCCAGAAACGAUGCAGUCCCCCGUCCUCCUCGCCCUCGCCCUCGCUUCCCUGCUCAUCGCCGCUCUCCUCGAGAUUCUUGCGCAGAAAAGCGCCACUGAUGGUGCGCUCUCCAUUGUGGCCACCGCCGAGGACAUACCACCACUCGUCAGCUUUUCAUACUUGUAUCUGCCGACGAUCGUAGCAGUCCUCUACAGUCUGGCGUGGAACUGGGUCGAUUUGGACGUGAAGCGCAUGCAGCCUUGGCUGCAGCUGAGUAGAGAAAAGGGCGCGCUCGGCAAGGACUCCUUAUUUUUGGACUAUCCCGUGGAUUUCGUGGCCUUUGUCCCUUUUAAAGCGGCAAAGAAAAGGCACUGGGCAGUCUUUUACUCUGGCACCAUCGUCGUUCUCGUCUUUUGGCUACUUACCCCGAUGCAGGGCGCCGUCUUCGGCACUGCACCCGUCAUGGUAAGCCACACGACCAACAUGUCGCAUCCCAUGGCCCUCGUUGAGGCCUCCCAGCAAGCCCAGCUCCUGGACCCAGCCGUCCUCAACGCCGGCUACGCCAUCACCUGGCUCAGCCAGGAGUAUCCCGCCUUUACGACGCCCGACUACGCCCUCCUGCCCUUUUCGCCUUGCACCGCGAGCCACUUCCCCGCGCCGGCCGCCAACUGGACCGGCCGCACCGUGCGGUACUGGACCGAGCUCGCGUGCCGCCCCGCCAUCGUCGAGCGCCAUCCGGCGCUCUCGUGGGGGCCGGUCGUGGCCGACUUUCUCGACGGCCGCGGCUGCAACGCCUCGAACAUCAUGGUGCACCCGGGCCUCCGGGGCAUACCGCGCUACAUGAUGCUGUACGUCGGCUACCAGGACAGCGCCUGGGCCGAAGUCACCCUCGACACCAGCCCAGGGUGCCGCGGCCGCCCGGGCGCCGGCGGCAGCGCCGGCGCCGGCGGCGCCUGGAACGAGUUUCUCGCCACUUGGUCCGAGUGGGACAACAGCACCACGCCGCGAACCUCCGAGGUCCGCGGCGCCUUUUGCGAGACGUCGUACUGGCGGCAGCCCGUCACGGCGACCGUCGACGCCGCGACGCUCCGGCCCCUCGACGGCACCGUCGCGCCGCUCGCCGCGCCGGAGCGGCUGCCCGACGACGACAGCGUUUUCAACGCCUCGGCGUUUCAGUUCCUCCUCGGCGCGGGCGUCUCGUCGGUCGAGGGCGCGCCGCGCGAGUACCCGUUCACGACCCUGCUGGAGCAGUUUGCGCGGCUGGUCGACGCCGAGCUGCCGUUUCCGCUGUCGCCCAUGCUCGGCUUCGCAAUCGGCCUCUCGCGCGCCGGCAACGUCUCCACGGCGCGGUUUGCCGACCUGGACGUCGUGCGCGCGGCGUUUGGCGCGGCGCACCGCAUGCUCUUCUCCGUCGCGUUCCAGCGCCUCCUCGUCAACUCGACUGGCACGCCCGGCGUCGCUGGGGGGCAGGCACAUGUCGCCCGCUACGGCGUCGUGGUGAGCCGCGCCUUUUCGGCGCUCGUGGAGGGCGUCCUGGGCCUCGUUGCCGUCAUGACGCUGCUUCUGCUCUGGACGUGCCGGCGCGCGCCGAGCAUGCUCUCCGAGGACAUGUCGUCGCUCAGUUCGCUGGUGGCGCUUGUCCGCCAAAGCGGCGGCGGCGGUGGCGGCGACGACGGCACAGAGCUGCAGGAUGUGUUUGCCGGGACGGGCCACAUGGGCGAGGAUGAGCUGCGGUGCCGGCUGGGCGGGUAUCGGUUCCAACUGCGGUGUGGCUGUCAUGACGGGUCGUCGUCGUUGUCGUCCGGGAUGCCGACGAUGCGCGUCACGGGCCGCCCAGACUAUGAGGAGCAGCAGACGGAGGAGAGCGGGCGUCUGAAAGACGAGUUUAGACCAGCGGGGUAUCUGGCGCCGAUCAAGCCCGUCGUGCUGCGUACAUGGACCGGCGUCGUUUUCUGGGUUGUCAUUGCGACGGCGACGGGCGUGCUGGUCUGCCUCAAGCAAAAGGACUCGGAGCUAGGUGGUCUCCCGCUGCCAUCCAUGAACCCCGAGGUCAACACGAUGCUGACCAGCUACCUGCCGACCGUCUUUUCCACCCUCGUCGAGCCCGUGUGGGUGCUGCUGAACCGGUACUACUGCAUCCUGCAGCCGUUCUACGACCUCGUCUCCCCGCGGCAGCGCAAGUCGACCGAGCCGGCCAUGCAGUCGCGCUACAUGGCCCUCCCGCCGCAGCUCGUCUUCUGGCGCGCCAUCCGGGCCCGGCACCUCCUCCUCGCGGCCGUGUGCAUGACGGCGCUUCUGGGCAACGUGCUCGCCGUCGGGCUCGGCGCGCUCUUCAAGGAGCUGCCAAAGAGGAUCACCCUGCCGCGGACCUUUGCCGUGCUCCGCCAGCCUGUUCUGGUUGACCUCCAGAUGGGGGGCGGGAAUUCAGCCGUGCGCGGCUCCUCGCUGUACGACGACCCGUACUACGUCGUCAUGGCCAAUUUCAGCUACGGCACCCCGCUGCCCGCCUGGACGACGUCUGACUUUUCUUUUUUGCCUCUGGGCGGUAUCCGUGCGUCUGGCUCCUCUUCCUCAUCCGACUCGAGUCUCUUCUCGGGCGAGACCGUCGGCUUCGGCGUCGACGCCAACUGCCGCGCCGUCGGCACGUACAAGUCGGACGGCCUGCCUCCCGAGGUGCCUGUUUCGUUUCUCAAUGCCGACCCCGCCGCCGUCGCCGCCGCGCUCUGCCCGGCGACGUACCGACUCCAGUCGCCGCUGCUCAACACAACGGGCUAUGAGAUGCCGACGGAGCUGUUGGCCCUCGAAAUCGUCGAGACCGCUGGGUCGGGCUACAGACACACCGUCUGCGAUGAGACGCUCCUCGUCGGCUGGGCGCGGGCUGCCCUCCGCAACCGCACCGGCGAGAUGCACACCUCGCUGGUGGCGUGCAGCCCGACGCUCCGCACCGCGCGGUUCCGCAUCUCGUUUGACCGGGCCGGCCACGUCUUCGACUCAGUCCCCGUGGGCGACUUUGGCUCCGUCUGGCCGUACCAAAACCGCUCACUGGCAAACACGCAGCCGCUCCUGUCGUCUCUGCAUGGAAUGCUCCGGAGCGGGGCGAAGCUCCGCUGGCACAACGACACAGUGUCACACGAUUGGUUCAACUACCUCCUCAAGGUCUACAGCCCGGGCACCUAUGCCGUGACCGAUCCCGCCGCGCCGCUGCCGGACCCCGCCGUGAUGGCUCCGUCCGUGGCGGCCGUCUACCGGACCAUCUUUGCCGCGGUGCUGAGCCUUAACCCGGACAUGUUCCUCGCAGGCGCGCCGCCCGGCGCCGUCGCGACGGGCACGGAGGCGCGGCAGGAGCAGCGCGUCUUCAUAUCGACGUCGGCCUUUGCCGUCAGCGGCGUGGUUCUCGGCGUCUACGUGGCCAUGGCGGUGGCGUACUAUGCUUUGGCCGUCAAGAUCUUCCUGCCGAGGAUGCCGUCCUCGGUUGGGUCCCAGCUGUCGUACAUUGCGCCAAGCAGCAUGGCCACGGCGGCGGAUAUGCGCAAGGGCAUGCGUGUGCUGUUUGGGCGCUAUGUUGGACACAACGGCAGGGCGCAAAUCGGGAUCGACUACGCUGAUAGAAUCGUGCCGCUGGAUAUAAAGAGGCUCAACGAUGGAGAUACGCGGCCCAGGAAGUGGUCAAAUUUACGGUUCAGAAGGCCGCCAAGUAGAGCAGAGACAUGGCUUUAG